UGCAAUUAUACAUGAACAAGCAGAAAGCCCGUAUUCCAUCCUCGCAGUUGACUGGCCUGUUCAAGGCAGAGUCCAUUCGCGUAAGACCGCUCUGUGUUCUGCAACUUGGUGCAUUGCAUAUGGUGACCAGGAUGUCGCAGAUUCCCUCAAUAUACCCAGCCUGCCGGAUCCCAUUGCAUCUGCGCUAGCGAGCGAUGUCGAGUAUCGUAUACACCAGGUGGUGGAGGAAGCAGCACGCUUCAUGCGACAUGCGAGACGAACAACGAUGACUACGUCGGAUAUCGACCAGGCGCUGCGCGUGCUCAACAUCGAACCACUGUACGGCCACUACCCGCACAAUCCACCUACGUUCCGCCGCGCCGGUCCUUAUCCACCAAACCAGGCCGCAGGCGCAGUCUACUUUGUAGAAGACGAAGAGAUCGACUUUGACCGCAUCAUCAAGGAGGAGAAAAUCUCGGUCCCAAAGGGCACUCGCUGGACCGCACACUGGCUCGCUGUCGAAGGCGUUCAACCCCUGAUACCCGAAAAUCCGCCUGCAAUACCUAAAGAGCACGAGCCGGAGGCGCAUGGUGUCAACGGUGUCGUGAAGGCUGCAUCCGCAGGCGGCUCCAUCUUCCCGCCCACACCACCCUCCUCUGACCGACCGUCCCCGAUCCAGGCCGUCAAGCGACCGUUGCAGCAGACGACGCAGCAGCAGCAGCUCGUCAAGCAAGUGCUCUCGCGCGAGCUCCAACUGUACUACACACGCCUCACUACGGCGCUGGUGCCCCCGGUCGACCAAACGAAACGUACAGCGGCACUCGCGAGUCUGCGGCACGACGCGGGUCUGCAGGCACUCCUGCCGUACCUCGUGCGCUGGGUCGCGGAGGGUGUGGUGGCGUCGCUCAGGACGGGUGCACAGAGCGACAACGACGGGAAGACGCUGGCGGUGCUGCUGGAGGUGAUUGGAGCGCUCCUGGACAACCCGACGCUCUUUGUCGAGCCUUACCUGCAUCAACUCUUGCCGCCAAUCCUGUCGACGCUCUUGCAUUCGUCCCUGCCGCCCGAACAUGCGACGCAUCUGCGGACGCUCGCAUCACAGACCCUGUCUCACUUGCUCACGCAACACUCCACAACGUAUCCGUCGCUGUCCCCACGGAUUGUCAAGACGCUGCUUCUCGCGUUGAUCGGCAAGGACAAGAGCAUGGGCACGCGAGAAGGCGCCAUCUGGGGACUCAUGGGCAUAGGCAAAGAAGCAAUCCGGAAGGGUGUGGUCGAAGGUGGAGGUGCGAAGGUCGUCGGUGCCGAAUGCGCGCUUGCGAUGGAGGACCAGGCGCAAUCAAGCUUGGUUGGCGCUGUUAUGGCAUCGUUCCGGAAGCUCAAUGGCCGGUCUGCGAAGCCCCAGCCCCUCGACACCGCGACUGAGUCAGAUGCUGCUAUCAUCCAGCGUCUGCGGGACACAUUGGGCGACUUCUUUGCGGACCGUCUGAUCGGCGACAAGGAGUGGGCUCUCAGCGUGCUGCAGGGUAACGAGGCGAGCUGACCACAGUCGCUCUCGGCAUGUUUGUCCACUAUGUAUCCCAGUGUAUUUGUUUGUCUGUGUGCCACACCCGCGU